AUGGGCAAGCCUCAUUGCAGAGCCAUCCUCCCCUUUGGCAACAACCUUUUGCUUUCAGUAACUCUGUCAAUAUGGGUCAAGACUACUGGUCAUCUCAGUGAAAGCUCUGAAAAUGAUCUUGUAUUGAAAAGAACAUUUGCUCUCAAGGGGCUGAACACCCUCAUUCGCAAUGUGGUGAAAUCAGUGGAUACUGGCCUGAAAUCAAGGAGUGAUGCCGGCUCCCUUGUCUCUCUGCCUCUUAGGUUUUUCAAGUUCAACAUUCCAAUAGGUACCGAUUUAGUGGCAUAA